AUGAGGAGGCAGUACCUGGAUGAAAAGGAAAGGGAACUAAGAGCUCCACAACGGAAACCCGAGCUCCCGGACCGGGAGGCUCUCCCCGCAGCAGACGGCUCCAGCCCCUGGUCUUCCGUCACUUCAAGGCCUUUUAUGGGGACUCGAGCCUCUCGGAACCGCUCCCCGGAGCUCGCCGCUCGCCGAGCUAGGCUUCACGCGGGCGCCCACCACCCUGCCAGACCGGCCCUCGGCCCGUCACCUAGCAACGGUCGCCAGCACUCGGGGGGCGGGGCUGGAACUUCCUGGGCCGUCGCCCACCCCGCGAUCCGACGGGGGCGGAGUUACGGGCCAGGGGAGGGGCCGGCGCGCGAGCUUCUGGCGAUUCUUUCGACUCCGCUGUUCCGGAACCUUGGCAGCUAGAGCCUACCUCCCGGCCCAGGUCGAAUUUCAACAUACAAAGACUGUUUUACUGGUUCUGAUGCUGUUGAUGUAGUAUUAAGUCAUCUUAUGCAAAAUAUGUGCCUAAGUAGUAAUGCUAUGUUUCAUCUUAGAGGAGUUGGUCUUUGCCAAGUUCUGAUGAACCAUAAAGUAUUUGAACCAGUAGGAAUAAAGCUACUCAAAAAUGAGAAGAAAUUGGAAUUUGAAGUUUCAAACAAUACUCUACAGAAUGUGGCUGCUGAAGGCCCACUCAUUUUUAUGUAUUUUUACAGCACCUGGUUCAGUGCUGUGCCCAAAGAAGAUUUUUUGAAACAACAAACAUUGUUACGUAUUCUUCAAUUGAUUCACCUUCUAUUUGUGGAAAAUGUUUUGUAGCCAACUGUUAAAACACAAAAUCUUCAAUUAAAUAAAGAAGGGGAUCUUGUUAUCUCAAACACUUGUCUAGAUGGAGAUGUUAUUCCAUGUGUCUGUGUACCUGGGUAA